ACUCAUCGGGUGCUGUUGAAGAAGAAAGCCAAAUGCAAAUCAACGGCGGCGCGACACCUACUAACCGCCUUCACGUGCCCAUCACUCCUGCAACGCAGCCCAGCAGGCACAGAAUGCAAGCGACGAAAGUAAAGGUGGGUGACAAAACAAAGCCAUGUCCAGCGAAAGCAAGGCACCCUAGACAGAUCGAACAAGUAAGCAGAGAGUCACAAGAAUUGAAGCUACCUUCUCUCGACAUCACUCAAUGGAUCGCACUUUCCCUCCCCAAAGCAACCGAAAGAUGGAAAAGGAGGAAAUUAAUUCUCCUUCGACCAGUUCUCCUUCUGCUUCAAAUCUCGCUCAUCAAGUAAUGCGGGCGGAGAGUGAUAGAAGGGAGGAGAUGAUGGAGGGCGUGUCGAGGGAGACGCAGAUGUCGAUAGCUGCGUCGUCGAUUUUCCCGGGCUUUAGGUUUUCGCCGACAGAUGUGGAACUGAUUUCGUUUUACCUCCAGAAGAAGCUCGACGGCUACGAGAAGUGUGUGGAGGUCAUUUGCGAGAUCGAUAUUUGCAGAUUCGAACCUUGGGACUUGCCAGCCAAAUCCAUCAUUCAAUCAGACAAUGAGUGGUUCUUUUUUAAUGCACGAGGGAGAAAAUACCCAAAUGGCUCACAAAGUAAGAGGGCAACAGAGCUUGGUUAUUGGAAAGCUACAGGGAAGGAGCGGAAUGUGAAGUCAGGUUCGCUUGUGAUUGGCACGAAGAGGACUCUUGUGUUUCAUAUAGGGCGCGCACCAAAAGGAGAAAGGACAGAAUGGAUCAUGCAUGAGUAUUGCAUGAAUGGGAAACCUCAGGAUUCUUUGGUUGUUUGCCGCCUCCGUAGGAACAAUGACUUCCAUCUGACUGACAAUUCAAACAAUGCUUCUCCAAGUCAAGGACAUUUGCCGGCCACAUGUAACAGUAAUCUUACUUUCGUGGAUGCUGAUGCUGCAUUUGACCAGACUGGAGUGACAGAAGUUGAUAAAGCAGGGGAAUCCUGUUCAAGGAAGUGUAGUAGUAGUAGCUACGACUCUCAUUCCAUCGAGCAAUUUGAUUCAGCAUCUGAAUCUGAACAGAAGCUAUCAAAUGAGGUGACUCUGGCGGAAUCUUCUAGCCGCCAAAAGGAAUCUGAUGAUGAAGAUUUUUACGCCGACAUACUGAAAGAUGAUAUUGUUGAGCUGGAUGAAAUCUUAUUUUCAGCCACUCCCAAGCUCCACCACACAGUGGUUACUACUAAGCCUGAGGAUGAGAGAAUUUCCCGACAGCCAGCACAAGCAACUUUGUCGCGGACGCAUACUUCGCAAGGCACAGCUAACCGGAGAAUCAAAUUGAGAAAGAUAAAACUUAAAAGUGGCCGUUCACACGAUUUGGAAAAAAUUCGCAGCGGGAAGUCUAAAAAUCUAAAUUAUGAACAGAUGCCAAAAUCUUUGUUGGGGGUGUUGUCAACUAACACAGUUAAUCGCAAGCUUGUGUCUGUACUUUUUAUCACCAUGUCUUUACUGGUUUUGUUACUUCCUUUAUGGGGAGGAUCAAAGCAAAUCCAGAGGUUCACUAAAGCCGCCUUGAACAGUGACUUGUGGCCCCAAAUGUAAUAUAUGUAUGUAUGCAUCACUUGAUGUUGGAUUGCAAGGGUGGAUAAGAUUGAAACUUGAAGGUUAGAAAUAGUUCCAAAGAAUAUUAAUUAUAGUAUUUGGUCAAACCAAGUGAUUAAUAUAUGGCCUCU